UUCAAAAUGCAUGACCUCUUUCGCUUCUAAUCAAAAGGAACGUAGAAGGCUAGCGUUACUCUCUCCCUUCUCUCUUUAUUUCUCUCUCUGCUUCUUCUUGAAUGUAGGACUAUUUGAUUAGGAUCAGGAGAUUAUAAAAUUCUAGGGUUUUACUCUUGUUUUGUGCACUUGAUUUGGCUAAUGUUCAAUUUCCUUUAAUCUUCAUCCAUCUAGGGCUUCGUUCUUCAUCGAGAAGGGUUCUACAUUUCUUAGAAAGGGGUUUUUUGUCUAGAUUUUCACUCGAGAUUCAAAAAAGGCGCAGGGAAGGGUUCGAUGGAAGCAAAUCUGCAGGAGCUCAGCCGCAAUCUCUAGAGAGAGAGAGAGAGAGAGAGAGAGAGAGAGAGAGAGAGAGAGAGAAGCAAAACAGAGAUACACUAAGCGAAGAAGGGUAUUUGCCUGGUACACUGCUUCAUUUGAUCAAAAGCAUCACUGGUUAGUUGACUUUGAAUGGUGUAAGGUGUGAAGGCAUGCUUGAAACUAUUAUGAACUCCCCCCACCCCCCCCUUGGGCUCUCUUUUAUCUCCUUUAAGUAGUGGAAAACUAAAUCCUUGUGCACGCACCAGAGAUGGGAUUACUGGCAGCAGAUUUGGUAUUAUACCUUGAAAUACCGCCAGAGGGAAGCUAUGAAGCACGGGUACUUCAAAAAUAGUGCCGUACACGCACCGGGUGCGGGUACGCGUACCGGUACGGCUGCACACGUACCGGGUACGCCUGCCUCUGUUGGGUACGGCAUGGGUACACCUUUGGUGCGUUUUGGGUAUGGCGGGGGGGGGAAAAAAAUUUUGUGAAGAAUUGAGGGGUACCGGAGCAAUAUUAAGAGAAAAAAAAAAAAAAUGUAUAUACGAAUUUGCCCUAAUCUCAUCACCCUCGACUUCGACUUCUGCCCUAAUCUCAUCGAAGCAAAGAGGCAACUUCGACCAUCACCUUCGUCUUCGACUUCGACCCAGAGAUUCGACCAUCACCCUCAUCUUCGACUUCGACUUCGACUUCGACCAUCACCCUCGUCUUCGACAGAUUCGACCAUCACCCUCGUCUUCGACUUCGACCAGAGAUCGACUUCGACCCUCGUCUGCGACUUCGACCCUCGUCUGCGACUUCGACCCUCGUCUGCGACUUCGACCCUCGUCUGCGACUUCGACCUAGAGACUUCGACUUCGACCUUCAGAGAGAAAGCUGCUGAAAGAGGAGGCUAUGGAGGUGAGAGUGUACAGUCUCAAAAGAAACUGUAUGAGAAGCACCAUAAUACAGCAGAUGGCCGCAUUAGAAUAUGGCUUGGAAUAAGGCAAAUUAUGAAUUCUACUGAUUGUUUACUAACUGAAACGAGGGACACUGCAAAAGAACUGAAAACUGGAAUCCACAUAAUGCUAUGCUCGCUUGCAUCCAAGGGCUGUGAACUGCCGGAAGAACUUAGGCCCAGAAGAAGAUCAAGUGAACACUAGUGCAAUUUCUGCAUCUAGAGGUGGAUCUGGAGCGUCGAAUUCUAAACAAAGCAAGUACAACCUUUUAUUUCAGUAACCAUCAUCCCCAUAUUAUGUUUUGUGAUUCUCCUUGAAGCAUUUUACUUGUAAUUGGUACCGGAUUGGAUCUUGAAUUUACCAUAUAUCAUGAUGUUCCUCAAUCUUUGAUGAAUUUGGCUGCAUUUGUUUUUUAGAACCAUUUUAUUAUGAGUUAUGCUUUGUUCUGUGGUUA